AUGAACGGCCGCCCUUUGUUCUUCUUCUUCCUCUUGCCUUGUCUUAUGGACGUCUUUGCGCUGGCACUCCACUCGGUGGCGCUCGCAUGGGAGUCGUCGAAAGUUAGGAACUAUGUUUCUAAACCAUAUAUGGACGAGAUAUUCCAUGUCCCACAAGCUCAAAGAUAUUGUAUGGGAGAUUAUGCCAGUUGGGAUCCCAAACUAACUACACCUCCUGGCCUUUAUAUCAUUAGCCGCGGAUUUAGUAUCUUGUCAACAGCGGUUGGUGUGGAUGGUUGUACUCCAAGUGCUCUGCGUAUGACCAACAUUUUCUUUUCUCUCGGUCUCUUAUUUGUAAUUGAUUCCUUGAUCGGCUGCCUACACCCGACAUCACCGGCUAUCCGUUCUCGUUAUGCUCUUGCCUUGGUUUGGUUUCCGGUCCUCUUCUUCUUUAAUGGGCUAUAUUAUACAGAUACAGGAUCGACUUUUUUUGUCUUAUUGUCGUAUCUUCUGGUGAACAAAAGACAUUACUGGGCAGCAGGAACUGCUGGGAUUGUUUCCGUAACAUUUCGCCAGACUAAUAUCAUUUGGGUUUUGUUUUUUAUGGUGCUUGUCAUCAUUCAAACUCUCGAAGACGCAAGCAAGAAAAGCAAGGAAACUACAGCUGUGUAUAACCCAACUUUUUCCAAUGUCACUCAAUUUGCCUUGACUGGAUUUGCUGGUUUCUUGGUAUGGAAUGGGGGAAUUGUACUAGGCGAUCGUUCGAACCAUCUGGCAGGGUAUAACGUUCCUCAACUGUUUUACUUUUCCUCGUUCCUGUCCUUCUUUAUGGCUCCUUGGAUAUUAAACAUCAAGAAUAUCUCAGAGGUUCUUAUGACUUUAACGAAACCUAAACAGUACGAGCAUCCAUUCUUACUGAGUGAUAACCGACAUUAUACAUUUUAUAUUUGGAAAAACAUCUAUCGUCGUCACUGGUCUGUGCGAUACAUCCUGACGCCAUUUUAUUUACUAAGCGUAAAGUUAAAUAUUGCAGCAAUUGUACCAUAUGUGUCCGUCUUGCAUGUAAUCGGAUACGUCUUUACUCUCGUCUUGACUCUUGUACCGUCUCCUCUUCUGGAGUUUCGUUAUUUUAUCGUUCCUUUUCUUUUUUAUGCUGUUCAUUUCCAACCCCAACUGAAACGCACCUACCUAGCCAUUGCCUUUUAUUCGAUCAUCAACCUUGCUACACUGUAUAUGUUCUUUAAUCGAACUUUUGAAUGGGCCAGCGAGCCAGGAUCCUCUCAAAGUGGCAGUAUACUUUAA